UCCACUAAGGAUGAUGGACUUGCAACACACAAAGCCAAGGAUGAAGUGGGAGGAUGGUUUUUUUAAACUUUAUUUUCAAAAUUCAUGCAAAAAAUAGAUUUCAACAUUUGCCAAUAUAGGUUAAAUAUGUGCAAUUCUAAACGAUUCCACAUUUAUCUUGCUAUACAAGAAAAAUCGGCUCAAAAAGGAAAAAGAAAUUAGGGGGGAACAGCAAACAAAAGGUGAAAAUAGUUCAUUAUCCACAUUCAGUCCCUACAGUCCUCUGGAUACAGAUGGCUCUCUAUCAAGUCUAUUGUAAUUUGCCAGAGUCAUGUCAUUGUUGAAUAUAGGGGUUCACAAUUGAUCAUCACAUACUUUGUCCAGAUCUUCUGAAAUCAUCCUGCUGAAAAUUUCUUAUAGAACAAGUUUUCCAUAACAUUCAUAUGCCAUAACUUAGCCAUUCCUCAACUAAUGGACAUCCACUCAAUUUCCAUUUCAUUGUCAGUGAAUUGGGGGGAAUGUUAAAAAGGAAAGGGGGGGUGAUUGUAUUUAAAUUGUAAUCUGCUGUGUUCAAGGAUUUGCACAUUAGACACCUUUAGAUACUAUACGUGGGGAUAACCCACACUGAGGGCUGGGGAUCUGGCCGGAUGUCAAAAGUCGGGACAGCAAUAAGUGACAGCCUCUAAAUCUCGGCUGGGUCAUUUCACAGGAUCGUCUAAAGCGCACGGUUCGGUUUCCCUCUCAAUCCACCCGGACAGGAUCCUUUCCUCCACAUUCUCCCCCAAACCGCUUCCAGCGAUAUUUUCAGGAUAAAACACUGGCCUGGCCACGGGCGCCUCGAUUAACCACCCAUCCUGUUUGUACCGAGAAACACCAGGGAGAGGAGCCCUAAACAAACUGUGGCCCAGUCUAGCGCAAAUUAGCGCCCGGGGAGGGGAGUGGGCGUGGCCGCCACGUCCAAUGUCUUGAGUAUAAGAGGGUUAGAAGCUGGCAUCCAAGUCUGUAGGAAGCGGGAGAGGGCAAGAAGGGCGUGGAGACUAUCUGUUGGCAGCCAUGUCAGUGGGGGGCGGAAGUGAGAAGAGCGGUAACACUAUGGCCUAGUCUGGGCGGCCAAAACUGUACUAUUCCGGCUAUGUCAGUGGAGAGCGGCAGACAAGAAAGCAGGGGUGUGGUGGCCAUAUAUACUGGCAAGAGAAAAUAAGUCUUGGGUCCGGGUGCGAAAGAGCUAGCGAGCUGGGAGCGCGGACACUGUGUGGGACGAGGAAGAAGGCGGAAGCGCAGCAGCCAUGUCAGGGGCGGGGGCAGAGAGAAGACUCGGGGAGACCAUGUCUCUUGGGGACAGAUGAGAGGGAAAGACAGGUCGCAACCGCCAUCUUUGUGGAAGGAACCGUUGUAAGGGCGGGGAUGAAAAAGUUCCUGUGAUGGCCCUCGUUACUUUCGGACUCUACCCAGAUAUGCCAGGAUCCGAGGGUCUCCCGAGUCUCCUCUCUCUCGUCCCUAGCAAUUCAGAGUUGCCAACGUUACUAUCCUCACAGCCUGGGAUGGGAGAGGGAGUACCCUCCCUUCCCAGCCGACCCCUUUUUGCCCACUAGAGUUCGAACCCGCCAUCCACCGAGUCGCGGGGACCUCCAGCCGUCCUAGAGCGACCCCACCGAGGUCCCGUAUCACCCGUGGGGGUCGGUCGGGGGUCGGGGCGCGACUCUUCCGGGUGGGCGGUUGCGGAGCCCCGCGGUCUCCGUGUAGGGUGUCUCUUUUCCCUGCCCUGCGGUGGGUGCAGAGGUGAAGGGAUUUGCCGUGGUCACUCAGUAAAUGUCUGACAGUAUUCAGACUGAGGUCUCCUGACUGCAAGUGCAUGUUUCUUUCACUAUAGGGUAUCAGGAAAUAAAACUGGAAACAGAUUGUGAGCCAAGAACUGAAAACAAGGUGUUGACUCCAAAACAGGACAUUUUUAAAGACAUGCAAUUAAAGGAAGUGAAAUUUGAAAAACUCACAGGAGAUGUCCCUCAGGGACCUGAGUUUGGAGAAGGCAAUGAAUUUGAAGGCAGGCUAGAGAAACAGUCGAGAAAUACUGAAAUACUGGAGAAACCAAGUAAGAUCUUUUCCCAAGAAAACAAUUGUAGACAAGUAACAGUCAUCCACAAAAUUUCUGCUUUAGGAGGCAAAGCCCAAGAAUAUCAUGAAUUUGAGAAAAGCUUCAGUCCUGACUCCAAACUUCUUCUGCAUCCAAGAAUUCAAAUAGGAGAAAAGUCUCAUCAGGGUGAUACAUGUGGCCAAAGCUUCAAACAGAAUUCAGAUUUAAUUAAGCAUCAGAAAAUCCAUGCAACAAAGAAACUUUUAAAAAGUAAUGAAUAUGGAAAGUUAUUCAAAAAGAGUUCAGUUCUUGAAUAUCAAAAAUCUAAUGCUGUGUGGAAACCUUAUGAAUGUAUAGAAUGUGGGAAAACUUUUAGCCGGAGCGCAACUCUCCUGGAACAUCACAGCAUUCAUACCGGAGAGAAGCCUUAUGAGUGUAGUCAGUGUGGGAAAGCUUUCAGUCAUAGCUCUACCCUAAUUCAGCAUCAGAGAAUUCACACUGGAGAAAAACCUUAUGAGUGUAAUGAAUGUGGAAAAGCAUUUAGUCGGAGCUCAAACCUUAUUGAACAUCAUAAAACUCACACCAAAGAAAAACCUUAUGAAUGUAUAGAAUGUGGUAAAAGCUUCAGCCGGAGCUCAAACCUUAUAGAUCAUCAGAGAAUUCACACUGGAGAGAAGCCACAUGAAUGUCAUGAUUGUGGGAAAGUUUUUAGUCAUAGCUCAACAUUAAUUCAACACCAGAGAAUACACACUGGAGAGAAACCCUAUAAAUGUAAUGAAUGUGGGAAAGCUUUCAGCCGGAGCUCAUCCCUUAUUGAGCAUCAGAGAAUUCAUACUGGAGAAAAACCUUAUGUGUGUAAUGCAUGUGAGAAAGCCUUUAACCAGCGGUCAGGACUUCUUCAACAUCAAAGAAUUCAUACUAGAAAGUAACCCCAUGAAAGGAAUGUGAUAGAAAGUAUUAGUCAGAUUUGUAGUUUGUUAAAUUCACCAGUUAAUUCACAUGGGAUCACAACUUCAUAAAAAUUGUAAGUCAUUUGAAGACAGAAUCUGUCUAAGGCAUCUUGUCCAUUUAUAGAAACACAAAGACCCUCAAUAAAUAGUUUUUGUUUGAUAAA